AGCGGGAACAGAGGGGUGGGGCGUUGCAGUGCAGGCACGACGAGCGGGCCGGCGCGCUGUUGCGCGCCUGCGUGCGAGACGCGUCCGCCGCGCGCUUUUCCGCGGUGGGGGGGCGGCGCGGCGCGGCGCGGCGGCGCGUCAUGGCGUGCUUCGGGCUGACCAUCGUGCGGCAUGGGGAAACAAGAUACAACAAAGACAAGAUACUGCAAGGUCAAGGAGUGGAUGAGCCCCUCUCUGAUACUGGUUUCAGACAAGCAGAUGCUGCUGGUGAAUUUCUCAGUAAUGUGAAGUUUACCCAUGUCUUUUCAAGUGACCUCCUUCGAGCAAAGCAGACUGCUGCCACAAUUAUACGAAAAAAUAAGUUUUGCAAAGAUUUGGAAAUCAAGUAUGAUGCAAGACUUCGAGAGAGAAAGUAUGGUGUUGCAGAAGGAAGGCCUUUGACUGACCUGAAGGCAAUGGCAAAGGCUGCUGGAGAACAGUGUCCUUCAUUCACGCCUUCUGGAGGAGAAACACUGAAUGAAGUGAGAGAACGUGCAAGGGAUUUCUUUGAAUUUCUGUGUCAGCUAGCUGUUGAAGUGGGACAGAAAGAACAAGACAUGCAUAGUGCAGCAAGCAACAGCUUAGGAACAUCUGAAGUACAGUCGGUUUUCCCUUGGACAAACCAUUACAGUGAACCAGAACUUAGCUCUGGUAACGGUGGAGCUUCUGAACUAUUAGAUGCCAAUAUAUUAGUGGUGAGUCAUGGGGCAUACAUGAGAAACUGGAUUGACUAUUUUGUUUCACAUCUCAAGUGUACUUUGCCAACAACUUUAACAAAGUCUCAGUUGUCUUCUGUGAGUCCCAAUACAGGAGUUAGUCACUUCAUUAUAAAACUUGAUAAUGAAAAUAUAUUAAGGCCUGAAAUCAACUGCGUUUGUCUUAAUCAAGACUCUCAUUUAGCAGAUGUGAGUACUGAAUGUGUAGCUCCAAAAAUGUUUUAGGAGUCUUCAGAGGAGAAGUGAUUUUUAGAUCAUCAUCAUACAAGCUUGGGAAAACUUAGUUAUUGAUGGAAUUGACUGGAGUUAUUUGCACUACACUGCAAUAUUGAAGAAUUGCUACUAUUUACCACCUUAAAAUAACAUGCAAUUUGCAUGGUCCUAGUACCUGCUAUAAGUUGAUGCUGGAGAAAUAACGCAAAUGCUCUUUACGAACAGAAAUAUAAUACUUCUGUUCAGUCACUUGCAUACAUGUUCCUGGAGUGCAUAAUUUCAAAAAGUUCUUACUAUUAGCCCAUAAUUCUUUUGGUUAUAAGAACUGAGGCGCAGGAGUGGGGGAGAAUGGUACUUCAAAGAUGAAGUGUACCAUAUUCUUGUUUCAUUACAAAGUGCUAUACUGUAAUAAUAAACACAUGUUGUUUUAAAACAACUUUCUUGAAUGCAGUAGUAUAACUUGAAAAAGAACAUUGUCUUGUGGGAGAAGUUUCCCUCAGGGAGAGGGGACAUGUUCCUGUCUCUGCUACUAAAGAGCUGUGAGACCCUGGGUAAAUCACUUUUCCAUUUGUAAAAUGUGGAUGGUGGUAUAUACCUACUUCACAGGAAUGUUUUGCAAGAAAAUCAGUAAGUGUUGAGACCUCUGCUAAAAAGCAGUGUACAAACAUAAAGUAUUUAUUUUUAAGCAGGAUGAGGAACCUAAUGCACACAUAGCUGAAACAACAGUCUCCAUUCUGAAAAGUAAUCUUAUCAGUUGUGGUAAAUUGUACCCACCUAGAAUCUUCUUGUUAUUUAUGGGAGAGUAAUCUGAGGAUAUAUGCAAGUUUGAUUGCUUGAUGAUUGCUUAUAGUUACUGUUAGUACUGUUUUCCUUCUCCCCCGGGGUGUUUGUAGUGUUACGGUGUAUGCUUGUCUGAUUUAUGUGUUACUUAUAAUCUCCAAAUACGUUUUCCUCACUUACAUAUUUUAAGCCUGUAAACAAAAUUAUUAAAGGCUCCUGUGUAGAACUUCA